AUGGGGUUCACACGCCUCGCUGUGAUGCUUUCGGUCACCAUAAUCCACCUAGUUUCAGGUAUGAGCUUUAUGACGCCUGAUACACCACCAACAUCAACGCCAGACACUAACCCUCUGGGUGACCUGAUCCAUGCUGCCUUACAGAGUAAGGAAUACUUAGGAGAAGCUUCUGCAAGCACAGGUACGACCACCAACCCGACACAGGCUGUGCCUGGGCUUGGGCAGACCGAGUCGACAGCAACAGUCAUAUCACCAGGGCUGCUCACCACAGCUGUAAGCUCCUCUUCUGCUGCCAGUCAGAGAGGAUCAAGGAAUACCAUGUCCUCGGAGGAGGAGACAACCACCACCCUGAUCACCACGACCACCAUAACCACAAUGCACAUGCCAGUACAAUGCAAUGCCACCUUGUCAACAAUGGAGGAUGUUGUCGAGUCACCAGAUCCUGCAUCGUCGUCCUCAUCUUUUCCCCCUCUGGAAUGCACCUACAGCAUUACUGUGUAUGCAGGUUAUGGUGUGGAAAUUCAGGUGAGGAAAGUUAACCUUUCUAAGAAAGAGUCUCUGACCAUCAUGGGGUAUGGAGGUGUGGGACCAGAGCUCUUGGCCAAUGAGACCCUGAUGAGAGAGGGCCAGGUGAUUCGCAGUACAACCAAUCAGGUGUACAUUCACUAUCGCAGUCUCCAACAGAACAACCACGGCGUGUUCAGCCUCCACUACCAAGCCUUUCUGCUGUCUUGCUCGUUUCCCAUGUCUCCUGAGGGCGGUGGAGUGACAGUGACAGAUAUCCAUCCCGGAGGUCUGGCACACUUCCACUGUGACCCGGGUUUCCAGGUUCGCGGUCAUGAGGUGGCUACUUGUGUUAACACAACACAACCACACUGGAGCACUACGGAGCCACAAUGUGUCGCUGUUUCUUGUGGAGGAUGGAUCCGUAAUGCAACGGUUGGCCGGAUACUGUCUCCACCCCCUCCCUCUGUCAGCAACCACAGCAAUGGAAAUAACCUGAGCUGUCACUGGUUGAUAGAAGCCAAAGAGGGCCACAGACUCCACCUACACUUUGAGAGGAUUGCACUGGAUGAAGAUGAUGAUAAGUUAAUUGUGCGCAGUGGAAACAGUUCCCUGUCUUCACCGCUCUUUGACUCAGACCUGGAUGACGUCCCUGAACGGGGGUUGUUGAGUGAGGGCUCAACACUGUACUUGGAGCUCACAGCUGAUUCCUCCUCCAUCCCUCUGCUUCUGGCGCUGCGAUACGAGGCUUUUGAUGAUGAACACUGCUGGGAGCCCUACAUGCCUCAUGGUAAUUUCAGCAGCAGUGACAUCACAUAUCAACUGGGCACCACAGUUAGCUUCACCUGCUCUCCAGGCUUUGUCAUGGAGCAAGGUUCUGGGAUGAUUGAGUGUGUCGACCCCAGCAAUCCCCACUGGAAUGACAGCGAGCCGAUGUGCAAAGCUCUGUGUGGAGGGGAGUUGACUGAGCCGUCGGGUACCAUCCUGUCUCCUGAUUGGCCCCAGAGCUACUCCAAGGGACUCGACUGUGUGUGGCAGAUCCAUGGCAACGAAGAGAAACGCAUUGAACUGGAUGUCCAGAUUUUAAAUAUCCGCCACACUGAUGUGCUGACCGUUUUUGACGGACGUGAUCUCAUGUCCCAUGUGAUCGGACAAUACCUGGGGUCCAAAGAGCGUUUCCAGGUUGUGUCUGGGGGCUCAGAAGUUACCAUUCAGUUUCAGAGCGAUCCAGAUGACUCCAGUUUCAUCCUGAGUCAGGGAUUCCUCAUUCAUUAUCGUGAGGUGGAGCCAAACGACACCUGCCCCACUCUCCCUCAAAUUGACUUCGGCUGGAUCAGCUCGUCCCACUCCUCCCCUGUGAGAGGCAGUGUGCUGACCUAUCAGUGCCAACCGGGAUAUGACAUCAGUGGCUCUGACAUCAUCACUUGCCAGUGGGACCUCUCCUGGAGCAGCAGUCCGCCUACAUGUGUCAAAGUCCAGCAGUGUCCCGACCCAGGAGAGGUGGUAAACGGAGCGCGCUCUGUGCGCCCAGAAGCAGGUUUUGCAGUCGGAACCGUCGUCCGUUUCUCUUGUAACCAGGGUUACCAGCUGGAAGGUCCCAGCCAAAUCUCCUGCCACGGACGAGACACCGGCACCCCCAAAUGGAGUGACCGCAGCCCAAAGUGUGUCUUGAAAUAUGACCCGUGCCCAAACCCUGGUGUCCCUGACAACGGUUACCAAACCUUGUACAAGCACAGCUACCAAGCGGGAGAAACUCUGCGUUUCUUCUGUUAUGAGGGCUACGAACUUAUCGGCGAGGUCAUCAUCAGCUGCGUUCCUGGCCAUCCCUCUCAGUGGAACAGCCCUCCGCCCUUUUGCAAAGUGGCAUAUGAUGAUCUUUUGGAUGACCACAAAUUAGAAGUGUCCCAGUCAUUUGAGCCGUCCCAUCAGAUCCUGAGUGAGAACAUUGCUUUGGCAGUAAUUCUGCCAAUCAUCCUGGUCAUCCUCCUGAUUGGAGGAAUUUACAUGUACUAUACAAACAUAUGCAGACUAGAAUGGAAGCCACUCUUCUGGAAGUCUCUCUCUCACACACACUCCUACAGUCCCAUUACAGUCGAGUCCGACUUCAACAACCCUCUUUAUGAGGCGGGGGAUACGCGGGAGUAUGAAGUGUCCAUUUAAAGGAGAAAAUGCCUCGGUGAGAAUUGAGAACCAGAGAAAGAUUCAAUUCUACGGGAAGACAAAUUAUUUCGUAUGAUAAGGCCUCACUCCCCUUUUAUCAUUCAUUUCUAUGUACAGUAUCUUUCUAUUUUUCCCAUCACUGUAUUUUUAGUUUAUCAAUUUGUGCAAGUGCUUUAUUUUGAUUUGUUGCACUGAUAUUAGUGGUCUGCCAAACAUGGUCCUACUUCACGGUCCAACUCUCUGUAUCGCUAUGACUGGUGCCUUAUGAUGGGUAAGUAAUUGAUAUCAAAGUACAACUAACAGUGUGGGAGCAAUAAGAGCGGAAGAGGUGAAAAGGGUGAAGGGAAAUUGAUUCAUUAAUUUUUUUUAAUCAAAUUAUUAUGAAGGCCAAAAUAUUAGAGAACUUGGCAAUACUUGUAUUGUAACUAUCAAAAGUUACAGUCAUGAACGUACUCACUGAAUGUUUUUCUGUCAUUUUUAGAGUGGCUCAUGUUACAUUUUACUAAGUUAAAGUUGAAGUAAAAGGGGAAGAAUACUUUAAUUUCAACCAUGAGAAGAAGUUUAAAAUACAACAGUUAUUUAUUUUGUCUCUUUCCUCACUUGGUCACUCUCUCUCUCUCUCUCUCUCUCUCUCUCUCUCUCUUUCUCUCUCUCUCUCUCUGUGAAAUACACACACACGCACACACACACAAAAAUUGAAUGUAAAUAUCUGACUUAAUAUUGCUUGAGGUUGAUAUAUAUACAAAAUUAUAUAUAAAACCCUCAUAUAUACAAUUAUACAUGGUGGCGGGAGGUUAUAUAUUUUCAUUAUAUAUGUAAUGAAAAUUCAGUGCCAAAAUAUAAUGUAAAAUAAUUGAAUGUCCCUACGUGUUUCAUCUGUUAUUGCAAUACUGUUUACAAAGGCAGUUUAUUUUAUUCUUCGCUGUUUCUGGAGUGCAUUGUCAUCCAGUGUCACAUGACAUAUAAGGAAGAGGUGAGGACAUGAAUGUCAUUGUGCUUAGAGCAUGCACUGAUUGUAAAUGAUAUUGCUUCUGCUCAAUCUUGCCAUUAUCAUUAUAGUUAUUGACAGUUAUCAUUGUUAUCAGAUUUGAUGUUGUAUGCACUAUGUUGAAGAAAAAUAACAAACUUGGCUGCUUGCUGUGAUGCAUUAUGUAUUUAUUUACAACUGAUUGUUUCAACAGUGAAUGUAGUCUCAUUCUCUGCCAAAUGAAGGAUCCUGGAGACUGUUGCUUUGUAGAUUUAAUUAUUCUCUUAUCAUCAGUAGCAUUUAUUUGCUUCAUAUAUGAAUACACUCUUUUGAAGGCAGUAAAUUAAUUGCUGAAUUGGAAAUAAAGUUUCUGUUGAAUGGUGUAAAACGUGU